AUGUCAUCAACAGCAGCAGAUAACUCAGCAAGCGAAAAACAUCAACAGAAAGCAUUAUUAGCCUCUCGGGAUUGGGAGAUAUUAGUUACUGAUCGUAGUGCCUUGAGAAGAGAACAUACGGCCUUGUCGAAAAGCGGUGGCUCCGAUCGAAGAAAUAAUUCACGUUUAGGUCACCAUACAGAUCGUAGCCGACGAACGGGACAUACGAACUAUGAACUGGAUCUGUCUAGUGAAGAAGAUGAUGAAGAAGACGAUGAAGUCUUAGAACGAGCACGACCUGAUCAAGCGGAUUUGCCGCCCGAAUAUUGGCAAAUCCAACGUUUAGUUAAAUAUCUCAAAGGUGGAAAUCCAACGGCGACGGUUAUUGCCUUGUCAUCGAUUCGUGACUUCAAUUUAUCUGUUGAAACAUGUCAAAUAGCUAUUCGUGAUGUAGGUGGCCUCGAAGUACUUGUUAAUCUCUUGGAAACAGAUGAUCUUGAAUGCAAAAUCGGUUCAUUACAUAUUCUAAAAGAAAUCUCCAAUAAUAAACAUAUUCGUCGAAACAUUGCCGAUCUGGGUGGUUUACAAACCAUGGUUAAAUUGUUGGAUGAACCGGAAAAAGAUGUAAAGUGUCUUGCAGCUGAAACCAUUGCUCAUGUCGCAAAGUUCAAGCGCGCACGACGAGUUGUACGACAAAACGAUGGCAUUCGACGCUUGGUUGCACUUCUGGAAAGCGCUACAGUCCCUGUUCAUGGAUCCAGCAGUUACAUGACAAGUACUGAGAAUGCAAAAAACAUCGAAAUAGCUCGUGCCGGUGCCUUAGCUCUGUGGAGUUUAAGUCGUUCGAAUCGAAAUAAACAUGCCAUGCAACAAGCUGGUGUUAUUCCAUUGCUGGCCAAAUUAUUGAAAAGUUCAAAUGAUAAUAUGCUUAUUCCUGUAGCAGGAAUCAUCGAAGAAUGUGCUACGGAUCAAACUUAUCGAACUGCUGUACGCGAAAUGAUUCCAGAUUUAGUGAAGAAUUUACUAAGCGCGAACGAUGAUUUGAAGAAACAUUGUGCUAGUGCGAUUUUUAAGUGCGCGGAAGAUAAAGAAAUUCGAAAUUUAGUGCGUCGAUAUAUGGGUCUUCGUCCGUUACAUGAUCUUUUACAAAAAACUGAUAAUAAACCAUUAUUAGCAGCAGCGACGGGUGCUAUUUGGAAAUGUGCGAUAUCUCCUGAAAAUAUUAUACAAUUUCAGGAGUUUCGAACACUUGAAGCGCUUGUUCAACUGCUUACCAAUCAACCGGAAGAAGUUCUAGUGAAUGUAGUUGGUGCCUUAGCUGAAUGUGCGAAAGAAUCUGAAAACCGAGUAACGAUUCGUAAAGCGGGUGGUAUUCCCUCAUUGAUCAAUCUCUUAACAACAACGAAUCCUGAUCUGUUAGUUAACACUUGCACUGCUUUACGUCAAUGUGCUGAAGAUCUCGAUAGUAUUCAAAUGAUUGAUCGACAGGAUGGCGUCCGAUUACUUUGGUCGCUUUUGAAAAAUCCCGAUCCACGUGUGGAAGCUGCAGCAGCAUGGGCGAUUUCACCGUGUGUGAAAAACAUCAAAGAAUCGGGUGAAUUGGUACGAAGUUUCGUCGGUGGUCUGGAAUUGAUUGUUUCAUUAUUAAAAUCCAAAGAUGUGCAAGUUUUAGCAAGCAGCUGUGCCGCUAUUGCUGAAAUAGCCAAAGACGAAGAGAAUCUUGCUGUUAUUACCGAUCAUGGCGUUGUUAAACUGUUAUCCAAUUUAGUAAAUCGACAUGAAGAUAUUCUUCGUCGAUAUUUAGCAGAAGCCAUCGCUGAAUGUUGUAAAUGGGGAAACAAUCGACAAGCGUUUGGAGAGAAUCAAGCCGUUGCUCCACUUGUCAAAUAUCUCCGCUCAUCUGAUCCGAAUGUUCAUCGAGCAACUGCUAAAGCCUUACAUCAACUAUCAAAAAAUCCCAAUAAUUGUGUGACAAUGCAUGACGCUGGUGUAGUUCGCAUUUUAAUGGAUAUGGUUGGCUCGAAAGAUGAUGUUCUUCAAGAAAAUGCUGCUAUUUGUAUUUCCUACAUUCGUCGCUUAGCCUUGGCUAAUGAAAAAUCACGAAAUGGUUAA